AUGGAAGAAGAAAUGAUGGAGGAUGGUAAAAACAAUGUUAUGGAUGAGGAAAUGGAACGCACUUUUACGGACAAUGAGAUUGAUUUUGACUACGAGUUCGACGCGGCUCGGUUCUUCGACUUCAGCAGAGCCGAGUCACUCUACGAGACUCGCCAUGCCGAGCUCUGGUUCCAGUCAGCAGGAAGCUAUCCGCCUUCUCCUUUUGUGGCAAGGUUAGUUCAAAGUGAAGACAUCUCAUUGGAGAAUAUUAAUACCUCCCCAAAACCUAAAGAUGUGGAAAUCAUGAAAUUAUCAAAUAGCAACACUGAUAUUGAAGCGCACCAAGAAAUUUCUGAUAUGGACAUGAAUUGUCGAGAAAAUGAAGGACAAGAUGGACCAAAUCCCACAAAUUUGCAAGUUAAUAGUGUGCAAAUGUUUCAGAAUCUAUCAGAAAAAUUACCCUCAGGGUUGAACUUUUACAACCACAUGGUGAAUAAUACUUCGAGUACUAAAACAAAAUUGCCAGUGAAGCAAUCAUUCCCAAGGAUCUCAACUCUUAUGAAGCCAACAGUGAGUCAAUUGGCCAAGCAAAAUCAACCUCUCCAAGCUGGUGACUUCAGGUCAAAGAAGUCUUUCAUGGAGAAACCUGAGAAAGGCACAGGUCAACGUUGUGGGAUUGAGAAUCAAGCUGCGAAAAGACAAAAGCUUGAGGGAGGUCACUUGCGGAAGGUUCAGGUUGUGAGUGCGGUUCAGCAAACUAGUUUUGUUCAUAAGGCGCCUAAGCGGGAUGCUAUUGUCUAUGGAAAUAUGAUGCAGGCUAAGUCGAGGAUCACUAUUCCUAGAGAACCUGAUCUUGAAACAGCACAUAGGGCACAAAGAAUAAGGCCAAAAGCUAGAAAAGAAGCUGAGACUGUGACUUCAGCUAUUCAUAGAUUCAAAGCUCUUCCACUAAAUAGAAAGAUUCUUGAAGCACCUUCACUGCUGCUUCCGAAAAGAAGCACUCCUCAAUUACCGGAGUUUCAAGAAUUUCAUUUGAAGACUUCAGAGAGGGCUAUGUUCCAUUCCUCAGCAGUUUCAACAUCCAUUCUCCCCUGCAACAGUUCUGAUAAGGCCUUGCAUGAACCUAGUGCUAAUUCAUUCAUGGAAUCCACAAUUGUAGAAUCCAGAAGGUCCAAUCUUAGGGAUGCUUCAAGGACGGAAGGGCACGAAUCAUCUUAUGGCUUUAAAGCUCUCCCUCUUAAUCAGAAGAUAUUGUUAAGCAAAGGAGAUAUUGGAGUUUUCCGAAAUUGUAAGAAGGAAAUUACGGUGCCAAUGGAAUUUAAUUUCCAAACAGAGAAGAGGGUUCAACAUAACCCACCAAUUGAACUCUUAAACAAGCUCUCUCUGACAUCUGACCAACCAACUACUGGUUCACAGACAAAAUUGCCAUUGCCUAUCAGCAUAUCUUUUAAGGGAUCAAAAGAGAACAGAUGGAGUUCCUUCCAGCAAGAACAUGAGAUAAAACAAGUAGUGAAACAAAAGCUAACCUCCGUUGGAGGGAGGCAGAUUCAAAGCGGCACUGAAUGGAGAAAGGAAGUUGGUCCUGUUUCUGGGAUUAACAGGGGUAUGGGCAUUCGCUAA